GAGUGUGAUAGUAAAUUUUGACGAAUAAUGUCAUACUUGACAUAUUGUGUAAUAUAUAAGCCAACUGAAAACGAAUUGUUUCGUACACAAUAAUUUCGAGUGUUUUUUAUUUGGAAAUUUUCCGAAAACGUUAUGAAUCGUCAGUAAAACAUAUAAAGUUUGGUCAUUCUGGUUAUUCAUCGCCGGAGUUUGUGUGUCAUGUAUGUCAUUUCGGAAAUCGCUUCAUUCGGUUAAUCUUCUUUAAGUACAUGCACAUUUUUUCUUUGUCUGUGAUUGGAGUUGGCCUACGACACAUUUCGGAUAGGUUUAAGUAUAUUUAAGUCGGGAAACUUUGUUAUCCAAAUAUCUUCUUCUGCUAAUAAAUGCAAGCGACUGAACCGACACAAUCCGGUGAUAAUCUAGCUAAUGUAGAAAACGUAAAAAAGGAGGGUAGUGGUAGCACUUUAUUAAAUGGUCGUUGCAAGACUACGGGAUCUUCGGAGUCAAUAAGGGUCAUUCGUCAGUACGUGAAUCCUGCGGUAUAUGUGGAAUCAUCAAUUUGUCAAAUGGCCCCACUUAGACGGAGCCCGUUGUAUGUAAAUUAUGCAAGCGACGACGAGGCAAUUCAAAAUAAAGUGGUUAAGGUGAAGAAAUGUGUUUGUUUCUCAAAUCCCAAAAACUGUCCAUGUCACCCUAGCUCUGCCGAGAGCUCGUUCCGUGAGAGUGCUAGAAGCCAGAGUGCCUGUAUCACAAUGAAUAACAGUAAAAGUUGUGAAAAUUACGGUACUGAUCAUAGGAACGGAGACAUCGAUAAGAUAGAUUUAAAUAAUUUGCAAGACGAUAGCUGCGCAGUACUUAAUCAAUCACUCUCUACCCAAGCGAUGGAUGAAAUAAACACUUCUGUUAAUUUAUGCGAUUCUCGUAGCCAAAUUUCAAUAAAUAAUUUCCAAGACGAGCUUAAGCUGUCAUUAGAGUCUACUUCUAUACUAAGUGGACGUUGUAUGAUUGAUAAAGAUAGAGAAGAGACGUUUAAAAAUUGGUGUGCCAGAAAAAAUCACCAAAAAAAGUUACAGGAAGAAAAAGAAGCCCUAAUUAGAGAGAUUAAAGAAAGGGAAAAGGAAUUACAAUUGCAACAAGAAAGGGAAAACUUUAAAAGGUGGCUGUUCAAAAAGAAAAUGGAAGAAGCUAAGAAACAAAAAGAAAUCCAAGAUCAAAUAAAGAAGGAAAAAAUGUUAGAGGAAGAGAAAUCUAAAAGGAUGUCUGAAAACGAAAUGAAUUUUCGAUUAUGGCUAAAGAAAAAAGAACAAAGAUCAUUAGAAAAAAAAAUUAAUGAACAAAGAAAAGUAAUGAAAUCAGACCAAGAAAGACAACAACGUUUAGAAGAAAGCGAAAGGGCAUACCAACAAUGGUUAGCUUCGUCAAAGAAUAAACCUAAACCAAUAGCACCUAAUCAGGGUAUAAAAUCUCUACAAUCGUCUGCCUCUGUAACUUAUAUAAAUCCAACUCCGUGGGUACCAAACAUCGACGCAAAUCUUAAACCAUCGUCACAGUGACACCGACAUAUCAUUUUGUAUUACGAUUACAUUAUGUACCUACAUGAGUAUCUUUAACUUAGGAAAAACGUAUACACUUGUAUGUAUUUUUUAUUGUAUUUUUUUAAUGAAUAUUUUACAUACAACGAUACAACAAUUAAUAAAACUA